UGACCAAACUCCACCAGGGAAAGCAGGAGGGAUCCUUUGGGUGUUGGGGUAAAUGAUACAGGGUAAAUGUGUGCACGAUACAGAGCCUUAUAGUAUUUUAUGUGCCUUUUUUUAGUGGCUCUUUAAGCUGUUUGUGAAGUUUAUCUCAAGUUUUUACUGUCUCUACUGUGAAAAGCAGCUCGAGCACCUCCUGUGCUACAAUUUAAGAUGAGAGAUGAAAUUGCUGCCACGGUUUUCUUCAUCACAAAGCUGGUGAAGAAGGAAGAAAAGCUGAGCAAGCAUGAAAUUGAUAAGUUUGCAGCGCAGCUGACCACGGUCCUGUUUGAAAAGUACAGAAAUCACUGGUACCUGGACAAUCCAUCCCGAGGCCAAGCCUUCAGGUGUAUCAGGAUCAACAAACAACAGGCACGGGAUCCCCUGCUGGAACAGGCUUGUGUGGAGAGCGACGUGGACUUCAGCCUGCUGGGCUUGCCCAAGGAGAUGACGCUGUGGGUGGAUCCCUUCGAGGUGUGCUGCAGGUACGGAGAGAGGAACCGGCCCUUCACCGUGGCACGCUUUGAUGGGGAGGAGAACCCUGAGCUGCCCCAGCAGAUCAGCCUGGCCGUGGGCAGGGCGGCCCUGGACUAUCAGUCGGGCAGCUCCUCAGAUGAGGAGAGCUUCAGCAAGCAGCCCAAAGCCAUCCCCACUGUCAGCAACCCCAACAGUGUCUACCAGUUUGGUGAUUUCUACAAGGCUGCCCCGCAGGCCUGGUGGCUGUACCUGCACAGGAGGCCCCAUGUGGCUGAGGGAUUCCACUUUGGCCAGCACAGGGCCUCCAGGACCUACAGGCCCACGGCUGCUUUCGCUGGCCCACGUGUGGACAGGUACCACUGGGUCAACAACAAGAGGUAGAGCCAAGGUUCCUCCAGGAUCUUGGAGCCCCAAUUUUGUGAUGGGGUGAAGGCUGGCACCGCAAAACCUCAUAAAAACAGCACUUCCUGUCCAAUCCCUGUCUCUGACUGUUAUUUAUGGAUAUUUUUUGGGGGGGGUUUUAGCUGAGAUUAAGUGUUUUUAAUUGAUGUUAACAUAAGAUUGAAGAUGUAUUGUGAGAUUCUUCUUGUAAGUUAAAAAGGAAAUGCAUAAAUCAAUAAAUAUGCUAUGAUUUUUUAUCAAAGCUAGCUGCUGGUGAUGCCUUGAAGGGUAUUCAGGAGCUUCUUGGUGGGAACACCAGCACAUAAAGGAAGAUAAAAACACCCCCCAAGAUGCUUUGAAAGACACUUUGCUUCCUUCUGGCAAAGGUGGAAGGAGCCAAGACCUAAAUAUCACCAGCAGAAAUGUCUGCAGUGUUUAGUGACUCACAAAAAUAUUUAAACUGUGCUGUGCCCCCAUGAGUUUGGUACUGAUGGGGGGGAAAAAAAAGAGUUUUGAGUGCCUUUGUUCUUCCCCCACUUGCUUUUUAUCGACACUGGAGGCUGGGCUGA